CACCGUGACCGCCACCGCCCCCCCGACGACGGCAGGGCCCGAGGCACCAUGACCCUGCUGAAGCUGUCCCUCAUGGCCUUCAGCUUCGUCUUCUGGGCAGCGGGGCUGACCAUGCUCAUCGUCGGCCUCUGGGCCAAGGUGUCUCUGGGCAGUUACCUGGCGCUGUCGGCCAGCGACUACCCCAGCGCCCCCGCCAUCCUCUUGGCCACCGGCGUCGCUGUCAUCAUCUGGGGCUUCCUGGGAUGCUUCGGCGCCGCUACGGAGCACCGGGGACUCCUGCGCGCCUACAGCGCCUUCCUGGCCGCCGUGCUGGCGGCCGGGCUGGCGGCCGGGCUCUCGGCGCUCCUGUACCGCCAGACCCUGGAGCAGGGCUUCCAGGAGGGGCUGCGCCAGGCGCUGCUGGCGUACGGGGAGGACGACGGGGUGGCGGACGCCCUGGACGCGCUGCAGCGGGCCCUGUCCUGCUGCGGUGUGGAGAGCUACCGCGACUGGCUGGCCUCGCCCUGGGGGCUGGAGCAGAACGGCUCGGUGCCCCUCAGCUGCUGCCGGGCCCGCCGCGGCUGCCAGCGCAGCCCGCCCGACGCGCGCAGGCUGCACCGCGACGGCUGCUUCGGCAGGGUGACCGCCUUCGUCGGCAGCAACAUGUAUUAUGUUGCCACCGCUGCCCUGGGGCUGGCACUGCUGCAGCUCAUCGGUAUUGUGCUGGCCUGCCUGCUUGCUGCCCGCGUCCCUGCCCACCUGCUGGGCAUCACCACCACUCGCUGAGAUCCCCCAACUCCUGCCCCUCGUCCCCUCCAGCUCCUUUCUUUCCCACAUAACUGAGUACAUCCCACUGGGAAAAUCUUUCCUUCAUAUUCACCAUUUCCACUUGAGCAUCCUCCUCCAGGCUCCAUUUCUCUGGAGCCUGUGUUAGGUGUGCUAUGAGCAUCUCAAGUCCCUCAGAAGGGAAGGUGCUGGGAAGGUGCCUCCUGGCCUGGCCAUGAAUCCUGCAGGGCAGCAGGUCCCCGCUGGAGCCUCUGGACCAC